AUGAAGACCUUUUCCUCCCUCCUCUUGCUGGCCUCCGCCGGCCUAGCUAAUGCUGCCGGCCCCGAACUCAUGAGCGAAUUGAUGUCGUUGAAACUUCGAGACCAUGAAUCCAUGGUGAAAAAGGGGUACUUCCGGCCUGAAAGAUAUCGCACAACUGACGGCGUGACAAAAUGUGUCAAUGGUAAGGCUGGCGAAUAUAGUUGCAAGAAUGUCGACAUGUAUGGGUUCAUUCCCCACGGCAACCUUGGCAGCAAAACUCGAGUUGGAAAUGAUGUCUGGGGCUGGACGUCUCCGGACGGACGAGAGUUUGGAGCCGUUGGACAAUCCGACGGCACCGCUUUUGUGGAAGUUAAGAAGGAUGGUAGCUUGGUGUAUCUGGGUAGACUUGCAACUCAAACCACCAAUAUUACGUGGCGUGACAUGAAGAUUAUCGACGGCUACUGCUACAUCGGCGCCGAAUCUCCUGGGCAUGGCCUUCAAGUUUUUGAUAUGAGAAAGUUGCUCAAUAUUACAACACCGCGAGAGUUCAGCAAGGAGACGGAUAUGACAGCGUGGUUCAGUGGAUUUGGAAGCUCUCAUAAUGUCGUAUCAAAUGAGGACACGAAGAUGAUCUACGUUGUGGGAACUGCAAGAAAUUUGACCUGCAAGGGAGGUCUCUGGAUGCUUGAUGUGAGAGAUCCUUCCAGACCUAAGUCUCUUGGCUGCGCCCACCAAGAUGGAUAUGUACAUGAUGCCCAGUGCGUAAUUUACAAGGGCCCUGAUUUCAAAUAUCUCGGCCAUGAGAUUUGCUUCAAUUACAACGAAGAUACUCUCACUAUCAUGGACGUCACAAACAAAGAAAAGCCAGUUAUCAUUUCAAAGACCCCUUAUAUGGGCGCUUCAUACACUCACCAGGGUUGGUUGACCGACGAAGACAAUAUGGAAUACCUCCUUUUAGACGAUGAGCUUGAUGAGAUGCGAAAGAAUGGCACUGCCGCAAACGGACACACUACCACAUAUAUUUUCGAUAUCAAAAACCUGGCAAAACCCAAGAACACCGGAGCUUACCAGUCACCUGCCAAAGCUAUUGACCACAAUCAAUAUGUUGUAGACGGUCUUACGUACCAGUCUAACUAUGGUAGCGGCCUGCGAAUUGUGGAUAUUAGUUCCGUAAAAAAGGAUCCAACAGGAAAGUGGUUCAAGGAAACAGGGUACUUCGACUGCCAUCCAGAAGAUGAUGCUCAGGGUGGCGCCGUUGCCUUCACUGGUACCUGGAGUAACUACCCAUACUUCUCUAGUGGAUACAUCCUUCUCAAUAGCAUUGAAAGGGGUAUCUACUCUCUGAAGUACACAGGGCCUAAACGGCAUCAUCACUGA